AUGGAAGGAGAGCACCAGGGCAUUCAGUUUCAUCAGGAGUUAGACGAAGAGAAGGGAAUAGAAGAGACGCGUAAUGAACCCCACCCGUUGAAAGCCCAGUCAGAUUCCCGCAUGAUUCAAAGGAUUGAUACGAACUAUCUACGCUCUCUCGAGGAGGCAAUUAUCAGCCUCAAGCUUCAACUCAUUGCGGCCAAGGCAAGGGCUGUACAAGCCGAGCGAAGAGUGGAGGUAAUCACCCAGGAGGCGGAUGAACUGGCUGAACUCUUGAUACAUCAACUCGACAAUUGA